CCAAGGGAAAUCCAAGUACAAAGUAAACGACAGGAACUGGAAGCUAUGAUUUGGUCAUCUGUUGAGUGAGUCGGGAGCUUCGUCGUGGGGCUAUGGCCAAGGCCGAUAUGAGUCGAGUGGUAAAGGAUCAGAGCCGGGUCGCCAUAGUUUCGAUGGAAGAAAACAAGCAAAGAAAGUGGAAAAGAAAAGGCACUUCAUCCUCCUCGCCUUCUGUUAACAGUUUGGACGAUGGUUGUCUAAUGCAUAUUUUCAGCUUCCUUUCCCCCAUACCAGAUCGGUAUAACACCGCCCUCGUUUGCCACAGAUGGCGUUACUUGGCCUGUCAUCCUAGGCUGUGGCUGCGAGUAGAACGAACUAUUAAAGAUUUAUCUGAGCCGGGAGUUUUCCCAACCAUCGAGGCGGCUGUUGCUGCUGCUAGGCCUGGUGACACCAUACUUAUUGCAACAGGUGGAGUUCAUUCUGCCUCUAACAUUCAAAUAACAAAACCACUUUGCCUGAUUGGUGGAGGUGAGCUUCCUGAGGAGACUACACUUUUCUGUACUCGUGGUUCAGAGAGUGCUUUGGAGUUCCUGUCUACCAGUAAGCUUUCUAACUUAACAGUCAAGGCAGAACUUGGUUGCUGCUUGCUUCACAGGAAGGGAAGAUUGAUUGUAGAUGGAUGUGUCCUCCAAUGUGAGUCAAACCCUUUGGAUUACCUAUCAUGCCCCAUUGUUUGUACAGCAAGUCCAGAUAAGUUAUUGCCUUCCUCAGUGAAGGGUGGUUAUACACACGGCGUUUCUGUCUCUCACACUCGUAUUGAGGGCGGGGCCAAAGCUGUCCUAACGAGUGAGGACCUGACAUUACAGCAUGUUCGAGUUAUUUAUGCUCGAACAGCUCUUUUAUUUUGGUUUGAUGUUGAAUACAAGUUAUAAUAAUGGUGUUGUAAUCUAUUAGCAAUGUGCAUUUGUUACGAAUUGUUAAUCUUUUAGGUAUGUUUGUUAUAUUGGUGAUUAUUUAA